CCGGUGCUGGCUCUCUGCGCUCUGAUUGGCUGCAGCGUCCUCGCUGAAGUGUUGGAGCUGCAGGCAGACAUGGAGGAGCUCAGCGCCGUGGGAGAGCAGGUCUUUGAUGCGGAAUGCAUCUUGAACAAACGCGUGAGAAAGGGGAAGUUGGAGUUUCUCGUCAAGUGGAGGGGAUGGUCAUCCAAACACAACAGCUGGGAGCCUCAAGAAAACAUCCUGGACCCGAGACUGCUGGCUGCCUUCAACAAGAAGGAGCAGGAGAAGGAGCUGCUGAUGCUCAAGAGGGGGAAGAGACCCCGAGGAAGACCGCGGAAGAUCCUGGAGAACUUACCAGAACCGGCCAAGUCCAGCACCUCAUCCUCAGCCGUGUCUUCGUCCUCUGACUCCUCCUCCUCCUGCUCCUCGUCUUCGUCGUCCUCAGAAGAAGAAGACGACGACGAGGACGGCCACAUCCAGCAGCCGGUACCGACGGUCCGGACCCGGGAGCACGACCCCGUCCCUCAGAAGAAGGCUCAGAUUCUGAUGGCCAAACCGGAACCGUCCAAGAAGCGCCGGAGCGAUGUGAAGGAGCCGCCGCAGAACAAAGCUCCGCCCAAAACGGAUCCGCCCGGCUUCGCCUUCCUGGGCUUCCACCGCGGCAGGGAGGCGGUCGGCGCCCAGAACCGGAGUCCUCUGGUACCGAGCGCGGGGGCCAAGAACACUCCGGGUUCUGUGGGUCCUGGAAGGUCUCCGGUCCAGACCGCCCUCCCCCUGAACAAGCUGGCGCAGAGCAGACCGCCCGCCGUGAGCAGACCGCCCGCCGUGAGCGGCGCCGCCAGUCUGGACCUGAAGAAGUCCAAAGGCGUGGCGGCGCUGCACCUGAACGCUUCCAAACUCCCCCUCCAGGGGGCGGCGCACACGCUCAGCGGGCCGAGGAAAGCCGUCGGCGCCCUGGCGACCAUGCAGCGCAUGCUCAACGCCAAAACGCCGUCAAAGAACCCCGCCUCCAGCCAGGGCUCCGCCCCUCGGCCUCUCAACCUUCAGAACAAACUGUCCCAGAGCGCCGCAGGAAACGCCCAGAGAGCCGUCGCCGCGCCCGCCAAGAAGGCCGCCGCCACGCCCACGCACCACGACGACCCCCAGAAAAGCCCCGCGACCCCCGGCCGACCCGCCGCCAGGAAGAGCCAACCCGACAAGCCCGGCGCCGAGGUCCAGAAGCAACCGGACCGGUCGAAGAAGGCCCGCAUGACGGAGAUGAGCACGGGCGAGGAGGAGAGCAGCUCCGACUCCGACCACGACGCCGCCUUCGCCGCCGUCCAGAACCAGGACUGGAAGCCCACGCGCAGCCUGAUCGAGCACGUGUUCGUGACCGACGUCACCGCCAACCUGGUCACCGUCACCGUCAAGGAGUCGCCCACCAGCGUGGGCUUCUUCAGCCUGCGCAACUACUGAGCCGGUUCUGGUUCUGAUGGACUGUCAGGGGAUGAAGUUCAUCGGAUCUUCCUCAUUAAUCAGUUUAGAUGUGAGACGUUUGCUUCAUUAGUUGGUUCUGAUUGUGAUUAUUUAUUUCAUUUUUAUGGUUUUCUCCAAAGUGAAGCAAAAAUCUGAACGUUUUUACAUUUAUGACCAAAUUUACUGAGAGUUUUCACUCAAACGAUGAAACUUGAGGUCAAAUCGAUUCUUUUGUUACACAAACGUUUACACAAACCAUCCUCACAUCUGUAAAUAAAUUCAAAUGGAUUCUUUUAAAGCAGCUCAGAUUGAGAUCAUUUCUGGUUUUUGAUUAUAAAUAAAUAAAAAAAUGCAUAUUUGACUUAAAACUAAAACUAUUUUUCCAUUUAAAGAAGUUUUGUUUUUAUUUUUAGACAUGAAAACGGAUAUUUUUGUAGUUCUGUGAAUUAGCUACCUCUGUCUGCGGCUCUCACUGCAGGCUUCUGUUCUGAGCGGAGAACAGCGCCCUCUGCUGGCUGGGAUUGAUUGUUCGGUUUGAUCCGGUUUAUCUGGAAUGGUUUGUUUCUCUGGUUCUGCAGGACCGGUCCUGCCGGGUUCUAUUUUUAUUUUAUUCUGCUGACGUUCUCCUCUCUGGGACGCAGAUCUCCUGAUCUCCUCCUGAUCUCCUGGAUCUUCCAUCUCAUGCCGACGCGGAGAACGAUUUAGAUCAGUACUAACCAUUUCAAAGGGAGCGUUCUCUGUGGAACAUAUUUAUUUCCAGGACGGCGUCCCCGUUCUCCUGCUGUGCCACUCCUCGUUUUUACUAAUAAAAUGCUUCAAAAACA